UCCAUAAGCCCUAGCAAUCUCCCCUAUAAUCUCUGGUUUAACCUUGAAGUAUUUGCUGAACGACUCAGCUGAACAAUAUAGCAGAACACAACAAUUAAUGCAUUACCUUCAUUACUAAAGGAUACCGUGAAUGAUUGACCAUCACUUUGAUGAGAGGAGUGGAUUGAUUUCGAUGUAAAGAUCAGAUCAUUUUGAAAUUUCUAAAAUGGCCUAUCCUAAUCUUGGAAAUAUGCAGGGUUCAAUGUAUGGCACUACUACAACUCCAGAAAUAUCUCCAGAUGUACAAAAAUGGUUUCAAGCCGUUGACAGAGAUGGUAGUGGCCAAAUAUCAUCGGGUGAACUGAGGUCGGCCUUGGCUAAUGGUCAGGGCGGAUAUUUUUCAGAUACAGCUUGUAAAUUAAUGAUUGGAAUGUUCGAUAAAGAGAAAAUUGGAACCAUCAAUUUUGAAGAAUUUCAAGCUCUUUUCAAGUACGUCAAUUCUUGGUUGACGGUAUUCAAACAGUUUGAUCAUGAUAGCUCAGGAAGUAUUCAGGAACACGAGCUCUUAGCGGCAUUCACACAAAUGGGCUACAGGUUUAGCCCUGAUUUUUUUAAAUAUGUAAUCCAAAAGAGUGAUUUUAAUCGCACAGGAAGCAUCACCGUCGAUCAGUUCAUAGUAUUAUGUGUACAGAUUCAAAAGUUUACAGAGGCAUUCCGAGCACGUGACACACUGCAAUCUGGAGAAAUAACAAUAGCAUUCGAAGAUUUUCUAUUAGUUGCGUUGAGCUGUAGUGUUUAAAUGUUGUCUUGAAGUCCGGUUGGUUUUGGUUUCGAAUGUUAUAUCGGUAGUUUGUUUAUUGUUUUAUUUUUUUAAGUUGCUGUUUAGCUUUAUAGGACGCAGGGAUCUCCACAAAAUAUUACUACUUUCUUUUAAAAAAAGAAAAAGAAAUAUAAUAAUUCUGACAAAACGCCUUUCAUUUUUAUUGUAGAUGAAUUAAUGCCACCGUAAAGAGGAGCAGAAAGUUGAACGCGCGCAUAUAUUAAAUCACUACUAAAGACUACUAUAAAGGAAGCUUUUAAAAUGUUUGAACUAUUUUAAAAUCCGUUUAAUUAUAUUUUUGCUUCUCCAUGAUAAUCAUUCGCAUAAUAAAAUUAUUAUGAAAAUUGU